AUGGAAGCUUUGGCUGAUGUAAAUCCGCUUGAGCUCGAAAGUUCGAUUGAAGGUAAUAGUAACGAUGCAAUAAAGAAGAAAGAUACAGGAUACACAGUCUACUAUAUGCUACCAGAUGCAGAUAGUGAAGAUAGUUUAAGGCAAUUGGCUUCGGAUAACAAUGUACUGAACCUGUUUGCAUGUUAUGAGGGGAAUGAUAUUAUUAGGUUGUAUGUAGUCACUGAGCAGAUUAAUGAAGGUAGUAAAGGUAUAUCUACUGUUGGAGAUAAAUUUGAUACUCCUACCUUUGAUUAUGAAUUCAGUACUGAGUAUGGUUCCACUUUUUGUGAUGGUUUGCCUGAUACAGUGGUAAGAUUUGUUGACUUAUCUAAUGAUUUAUCAGAUUUGGACUUCUUGUACUUUUAUGAUGGUGUGCCUGAUGGGGUACAUUCUUCUGGUCUUGAAAAUAGAAGUAGGGUUGACAAGAGAAAGUCAAAAAUUGGAGAGGAAUGUUCUGGUGUUGAGAGGGGGAAUAGUUUUGAUAAGGGCAAGGCCAAAUUAAAUGAUUGCUUGUCUGAUGAGGACAAUGAUCAUCUAUAUAGUCCCCUUAACUCAGACGACGAUGUAAUACAAGUGAAGUAUCAAGAAUUCAUGGAGACCACUGAUAUGUCUAAUCCUAAAUUGACACUGGGAAUGAUCUUUAGUUCAGCUACCAUAUUUAGGAUGGCACUUAGACAACAUGCUAUUAUGGAUGGGUUUGACUUCAAAUACCUUAGGAAUAAUGGCGAUAGUCUUGUGGUUGGUGUAUCCAUGCUUCACUCAUGCAGGAUAAGUUAA